CUGGGCCUGGGGCUCCCGCUGGGCCUGGGGCUCCCGCUGGUCCUGCCCGCCGCCCAGCCCCGCGUCUACCUGAGCAGCUGGGCCGUGCGGGUGGCGGCGGGGCCGUGGGCCGCGGAGCGGUUGGCCCUCCGGAACGGGCUGCUCUGCGUGGGGCAGUCUCAUCCUCUGGCACGCUCAGUGCUGGAGGGAGAGCCCUACUACCACUUCCAACACCGCGGCACCAGGCAGAAGUCCUUGAGCAGGCACUGGGGCUGGAGCCUGCGGCUGAGCAGGGAGCCACAGGUGCUCUGGUUUGAGCAGCAAACGGUGAAGAGGCGCACAAAGAGGAGCGUCAGCGUGGUGCCGACAGACCCCUGGUUCCCCAAGCAGUGGUACAUGAACAACGACAUCAGCCCCGAUCUCAACGUCCUCGCUGCUUGGAGCAAGGGCUACACCGGCCGGGGGGUCGUGCUGUCCAUCCUGGACGAUGGCAUUGAGAAGGACCACCCCGACCUGGCUGCCAACUACGAUCCCCUUGCGAGUUAUGACUUCAACAGCAACGACCCCGACCCCCAGCCCAGGUACAACGCCUGGGAUGAGAACCGGCACGGGACACGCUGUGCAGGAGAGGCGGCAGCCGUAGCCAACAACGGAAUCUGCGGUGCAGGCGUUGCAUACAACGCUAAAGUUGGAGGCGUGCGGAUGCUGGACGGCCCCGUCACGGACAUCGUGGAGGCUCAGUCCCUCAGCCUGCGGCCGCAGCACAUCCACAUCUACAGCGCCAGCUGGGGCCCUGUGGAUGAUGGGAGGCACGUGGACGGGCCGGGCGUGCUGGCCAUGAAAGCCUUCCACAACGGGAUCACGAAAGGGCGGGGGGGGCUCGGCUCCAUCUUCAUCUGGGCCUCCGGUAACGGCGGCAUCAAUUAUGACAACUGCAACUGCGACGGGUACGCCAACAGCAUCUACACGCUGACUGUGGGUAGCGCCUUUGCCAGCGGCCGGCAGCCCCGCUACAGCGAACCCUGCGCCUCCACCCUCACCACCACCUACAGCAGCAGCACCAGCAGCAAAGUGCAGAUCGUGACCACUGACCUGCACCACCGCUGCACCGACAGGCACGCGGGCAGCUCCGCCUCGGCCCCGCUGGCUGCAGGAAUGGUCGCCCUCGCUCUGGAGGCCAACCCGGCGCUGAGCUGGCGUGAUGUGCAGCACCUGGUGGUCAGGGCCUCCCGACCUGCCCACCUGCAGGCAGAGGACUGGGCUGUGAACGGGGUCGGGCGCAAGGUGAGCCACCACUAUGGCUAUGGGCUGCUGGAUGCGGCUCUGCUGGUGGAGCUGGCCCAGGCGUGGGCAGGAACUCGGCCCCAGCAGAGGUGUUCCUUCGAAGCUCUCCACACCCCCCGGAACAUCGGCUCCAGACUCACCGUCUCUGCACACACCUCCUCCUGCUCGGGGAGGACCGGGAGCAUCCGCUCCCUGGAGCACGUCCAGGUGCAGCUCUCACUGAGCUACAGCCGCCGUGGGGAUCUGCAGGUCACGCUGAGGAGCCCCAUGGGGACCACGUCCACGCUGGUGACCGUGCGCCCAUACGACACCAGCCAGGAGGGCUACAAGGGCUGGACCUUCAUGUCCACACAUUUCUGGGAUGAGAACCCCAACGGGACCUGGACACUGCUGCUAGAGAACAAGGGCGAUGCCUACAACACAGGCACGCUGACCAGCUUCAUCCUGCACCUGCACGGCACAGAUGAGGACAUGACAUCCAGGCGCUUCGCAGCCCCCACCGUGGGCAAAUGCACCAAGUGGGACGCACAGGGAGCAUGCGAGGAGUGCAGUGGCUCCUUCUAUGCCCACCGCCGCUCCUGCCUGUCCUACUGCCCACCCCGCUCCUUCGGCCGCUUCCAAGGCACCAUGAACAAAUCCGGCGCCUGCGCCCGCUGCCACCGCUCCUGCUACACGUGCCAGGGCUCCUCGGCCAACAACUGCACCUCCUGCCCUGCCACCCACGCCUUCGACGAGCGCACCCACUCCUGCUCCGCUCCUCGGGGCCUCUCCCCCCAGGAAGGGCAGCGCAGGAACCUCCUCCCCAUCAUCCUCCUGCUCUGCGAGACCGCGAUCCUCUUUGCCAUCCUGUCCUGUAUUUUCCGUAUCGCGUGGCUAUGCGUGCUGGCUGGCUGCGCAGGUCGCUGCUGGGCUGGGGCCCAGGCCGCAGCCACCCGUACCCCUCUUCCAAAAUAAACCCCCUGUUGUCAUUCUGGGC